CGAGUAUUAUAUAUCGCUCUGUUUUUGUUAAUUCAACAAUUUUGUAUGUCUCCUUUUUGAAAACCCUGAAUGGCAGGAGGAAUGCACUUUCUCAUUGGCAUUGCCACAGACGAAUAUGUUAUUCUUGCCAGUGAUAAAGCAACAUUCGCUUACGGAGCAGUAUUGGCAGAUGACAAUAAUGACAAGGAGUAUCGCCUGGGAAAGAAGUUGACCAUGAUGUGCAUAGGAGAGGAAGGUGAUGUUGCCCAGUUUGGAGAUUGGACUAAGCGUAACAUCCAGCUUUAUGCUAUUCGUAAUGGUUAUGAGUUAUCUCCGAAGAGUGCCCACCAUUGGAUACGGCGUGGCAUCGCUGAAGCCUUAAGAACAGAAGAUUAUUACGCCGUUGAUAUUCUUCUUGGCGGGUAUGACGACAAAGAAGAGAAGGCUUUUCUCGGAUCAGUGGAUUAUUUAGGGAAUGGUAUAGGCAAUCAGUCUUACCUAUUUCGUGGCUUCUGUGGUCGCUUCUGUUAUGCGAUUCUAGAUAAAGAAUAUAAGAAAAAUAUGUCUGAGGCUGAAGGGCUUUCACUCUUGAACAAGUGCAUUGCAGAAGCGAAGAAACGAUUUGUUGCUAACAUCCCUGGUUACAAGGUGGUGGUGAUCGACAAGAACGGAUACCGGCAACUACCUGAUUUUUGUUGA